GUUGCAUCUCUGCGUUUACAUCGCUACGAGGAUGGAUUUAAUCUCUUUGAUACUAUGCGCCUUGUCCGUUGUUUUAAUAAUUCCCAUAAUUAUAUCGACAAUAUAUCAUCAAUACAUUCUUCGACAAAAUUUAAAAAAUAUUCCUCAAAUCGGAAGAUUUCCUUUUGGUGUAGCAUUUGAAUUAUUGAAGCUGACGUAUUAUGAACGAACAUUAUGGUUUGCGCAACGUAUGAUUGAUUUUGAAGAUGGAAUUUUCAUAUAUUGGGUUGGCUUGAAACCGCUUAUUAGUAUUUUUAAACCUGAAAUUUUGGAGAUUAUUUUUCCCAGCACUACAAAUAUCGAAAAAGGAUUUCCCUAUGAAAUGAUGGAGUCUUGGUUAGGCAAAGGACUUCUAACUUCUACAGGAAAACAAUGGAACCAUGAUAGAAAAUUAAUUGGGCCAACGUUCAAUUUCAAUAUAUUGACUCAAUUUGCCAUAAUUAUGUCCGAAAAAGCAGAGAUCUUAACAAAAUGUCUCGAGAGGGAAAUAGCAAGGAACCCAGGAAAAGCUAUCAAUAUUUUUCCGUUUGCUAACAAUGUUGCUCUCGACAUUAUAUGUGAAACGGCAAUGGGUAUAGAUAUAAAUGCUCAAGAAAUUGAAACCGAAUAUACCACAACAAUACAUAGAAGUUCUAAAUUAAUAGUGGAGCGAUAUUUUCAACCGUGGUUUUGGUCAGAUUGGUUGUAUAACUUAGUGCCUUCAGGAAGAAAAUACAAUUCAGGACUUAAUAUAAUACAUGAAUUUACGAAAGAUGUAAUACGGAAGAGAAAGAUUGCACGACAAUCGGAAAACGAUUCUGUCAAAUCAGAAAACGAGGAUAACGAAUUUGAUAUAGGUAAGCAAAAGAGAAAAGCUUUUUUGGAUCUAUUACUAGAUCAGAAUGAGAAGGACGAUACUCCGUUAACUGAUGCUGAAUUGAAAGCACAAGUCGACACAUUUAUGUUCGAAGGUCACGACACAACUGCAGUUGCGAUAACCUGGUCACUCUUUCUUUUGGGCAAUAAUCUCGAGCAUCAAGAAAAACUUCAUGAAGAACUCGAGGAAGUUUUCAAAGAUUCGAAGACACCAGCCAGUGUAAAAGAAUUGUCGCAAUUAAAAUAUCUCGAUAGGGUCAUAAAAGAAUCGCUCAGAAUAUUCCCAAGUGUACCCAUAAUCACAAGAAAAUUAGCAGAAGAUGUAAAAAUAGAUAAUUAUACACUCCCGAAAGGUGCUACAAUCCUAUUGGAAAUCGCAUUAACGCAUAAAAAUCCGCAAGUUUAUCCAAAUAAGUUCGAUCCAGAUCGCUUUCUUCCGGAAAAUUCAAAACAUAGGAAUCCAUAUGCCUACGUUCCAUUCAGCGCUGGACCAAGAAACUGUAUCGGCCAGAGAUUUGCUUUGCUCGAAGAGAAAACGAUAUUAACAGCUAUUUUGAGAAAAUGGAGAGUGAAAAGUGUAAAAACAACGGAAACAAUUCAAUAUGGGCUAAGUCUCAUUUACCGACCAUGCGAAGAGAUAUUCAUCUAUUUCACGCCAAAAAAAUAAUCAAUUUAUCAUACCGUGUACUAUAUUCAAACUUAUGCAACUUAUUCGAAUUUAAUUGUGGUUAACCGAUAAUCGAUCAUAUACCGGUAGCAUUUUUAUUGCAUAAUGUAGUACGCAGACACAGACUCGGCAGAAUAGCGGCAAAUGCAUAACAAAGGAAUAAAAGAGUUAAGCGGGGAGCACACACUUUUGCAGAAGCGCAUAACUAUAAGCAUAAGGAAAUUGAUUGGUUCAUUUCCUUAUGCAUAUAUUUGUGGACCAAUCAAUUUCUUUAUGUUUAUGAUUAUGCGCUUAUGCAAAAGUGUGUGCUUCUCGCUUUACAAAAAUAAAGCGAAAAAAUCAUUUACGUUUCACUUCUCUCACGGUAUGUUAAUUUUCAAUAUAUAAUUUCUAAGUUACAUUUGGUGUGCGUGUGCGUGUGUGUUUAAAUGAAAUUCUGCAUUGCAUUAUAGAAUAAAUAAAACUAAAUUUCUUUACUACAAUUUAUUGAAACGAAGAAAUCAAACGAAGACAUCAAUGAAUUAACUGAAUUUUGAUAGUCAAUCUUUGAGUGAUAAAAAUGCCGUAAAAUAAGUUACACCCAUCUGUAUUACCUUAAAUCGAAUACAUAAAUGUAUUAAUAUAUAAAUGAAUUAUUUUAUAUAUAAACAGUUUGUAAAAUAUAAAACAAAUAUAUUACUGUUUGAUGUA